AUUUUCCAGCGGGGAAGAGUUGGAGCGAUUCUGCAGCCUCUCUCAGCAAACAGAAUGGAGAAGUCCAGGAAGAUCUUGGUCGGUGUCCUCCUGUUCACCGCAUCUGUGGCAAUCUGCUUGGCUCAACACUGGUCUUAUGGCCUGCAACCAGGAGGAAAAAGGAACGCUGAAAAUCUAGUGGAAUCAUUUCAAGAGAUCGCAAACGAAAUGGAAAGUCUAGGAGAAGGGCAGAAGGCUGAAUGCCCUGGCUCUUACCAGCAUCCCAGGCUGAGUGAUCUGAAGGAAACCAUGGCAAGCCUGAUCGAAGGAGAAGCCAGAAGAAAGGAGAUUUAAAUCCACAACACCAUCAACAAACCCAGAAUAAAAUUUCAAAGCAAUGUUGAAAACAGUU